AUGCAGCCGGAGGAGCCCUGCCCCCGGAGCGCGCCCCGCGGUCCCGACGUCCCGGAGAGAGGCCAGCGCUCGCGGGACCCCGAACUGCGCCUGUCGGGCCAGUUACUGCCCGAGCUCUACAGCUUCGUGGCGCGCGUCCUCUUCUACCUGGCACCGGUCUACCUGGCGGGCUACCUGGGGCUCAGCGUCACCUGGCUGCUGCUUGGCGCCCUGCUCUGGAUGUGGUGGCGCCGGAACCGCCGCGGGAAGCUGGGGCGCCUGGAGGCCGCCUUCGAAUUCCUGGAGCACGAGCGCGAGUUCAUCAGCCGCGAGCUACGGGGCCAGCAUUUGCCAGCCUGGAUACAUUUCCCAGAUGUGGAGCGUGUGGAGUGGGCCAACAAGAUCAUCACACAGAUCUGGCCCUACCUAAGCAUGAUCAUGGAGAACAAGGUCCGGGAGAAACUGGAGCCCAAGAUCCGGGAGAAGAGCAUCCACCUCAGGACCUUCACCUUCACCAGGCUCUACUUCGGGCAGAAGUGUCCCAAGGUGAACGGCGUCAAGGCACACACAGACAAAUGCAAUCGGAGGAAAGUGACCCUGGACCUGCAGAUCUGCUACAUCGGGGACUGUGAGAUCAGCGUGGAGCUUCAGAAGAUCCGGGGUGGUGUGAACGGUGUCCAGUUGCAGGGGACCCUGCGUGUCAUUCUGGAGCCGCUACUGGUGGACAAGCCCUUCAUAGGAGCUGUGACUGUGUUCUUCCUUCAAAAGCCGCACCUGCAGAUUAACUGGACAGGCUUGACCAACCUGCUGGACAUGCCGGGUAUCAAUGAGUUAUCAGAUAGCCUGUUGGAGGACCUCAUUGCUGCCCACCUGGUGCUGCCCAACCGUGUGACUGUGCCUGUGAAGAAGGGGCUGGAUAUAACCAACCUGCGCGUCCCUCUCCCCUGUGGUGUGAUCAGAGUCCAUUUGCUGGAGGCCAAGAACCUGGCCCAGAAGGACAACUUCUUAGGGCUCGGAGGCAAGUCAGACCCCUACGCCAAGGUGAGCAUUGGCUUGCAGCACUGCCGGAGCAGAACCGUCUACAAGAACCUGAACCCCACCUGGAAUGAAGUGUUUGAGUUUAUGGUGUAUGAGGUGCCUGGGCAGGACCUGGAGGUGGACCUGUAUGAUGAGGAUACUGACAAGGAUGACUUCCUGGGCAGCCUGCAGAUCUGCCUUGGAGAUGUCAUGAAGAACAGAGUGGUGGAUGAGUGGUUUGUCCUGAAUGACACAACCAGCGGGCGGCUGCACCUGCGGCUGGAGUGGCUCUCUCUGCUCACUGACCCAGAAGCGCUGACGGAGAACGAUAGUGGCCUCUCCACUGCCAUCCUUGUGGUCUUCUUAGAAAAUGCCUGCAACCUGCCGAGAAACCCUUUUGACUAUCUGAAUGGUGAAUAUCGAGCCAAAAAACUCUCCAGGUUUGUCAAAAAUAAGGCCAGCAGAGACCCUUCUUCAUAUGUCAAGCUCUCUGUAGGCAAGAAGACCUUUACAAGUAAGACCUGUCCCCACAGCAAGGACCCUGUGUGGAGCCAGGUGUUCUCCUUCUUUGUGCACAGCGUGGCAUCUGAGCAGCUUUGCCUGAAGGUGCUAGACGAUGAGCUGGAGUGUGCUCUGGGAGUGCUGGAGUUCCCCCUGUGCCGCAUCCUCCCCUGUGCCGACCUCACCCUUGAACAGUGCUUCCAGUUGGAUCACUCAGGCCUGGACAGCUUCAUCUCUAUGAGGCUGGUGCUUCGGUUCUUACGUGUGGAGGAACGAGAGCUGGGAAGCCCAUACACUGGACCCGACGCUCUAAAGAAAGGUCCUCUGUUCGUCAAGAAGGUGGCCACCAACCAGGGUUGUAAAGCCCCACCCCUAAAAGAAGGCCUUGCAGAUGUGGCAAACACCUCAAACCCUGCCUCUUACAUCAAGGGAGCCUCCAAGAGCACUGAUAACAUCAGCACGCCCACCCCAGCCCCUGAACCUAAGCCUGAGCCCCAGGAGACAGGCCUGGAGCCCAAAGGGAAGGACAGUGCCAAAGGACUCUGUGAGUCCCCGGGGAAGAAGAAGAACCCAGCUACCAACUUCCUGACGGUUCCAGGUCCCCACUCUCCAGGGCCCAUCAAGUCACCUAGACCCAUGGGCCGCCCUGCCUUCCCAUUCGCAUGGCCACUCACAAGGGUGGCUCCCAGCAUGUCCUCACUCAACUCCCUGGCCUCUUCCUGCUUUGACCUGACAGAUGUCAGCUUCAACACUGAAGUUGGGGAUUCCAGGCAGCGACGGCUGGGUGAGAUUCAGCUCACAGUGCGCUAUGUGUGUCUUCGACACUGUCUCAGGGUGCUAGUCAACGGCUGCAGAAACUUGACGCCAUGCACCAGCAGUGGAGCUGAUCCCUAUGUCCGCAUCUACCUGCUGCCAGAGAGGAGAUGGGCAAGUCGGAAGAAAACUUCAGUAAAGCAGAAGACCCUGGAGCCCCUAUUCGAUGAGACGUUUGAGUUUUUUGUUCCCAUGGGAGAAGUACAGAAGAGGUCACUGGAUGUUGCAGUGAAAAACAGCAGGCCACUCGGCUCACACAGAAGGAAGGAGCUGGGGAAAGUGCUGAUUGACUUAUCAAAACAAGAUCUGAUUAAGGGCUUUUCACAGUGGUAUGAACUGACUCCAGAUGGACAGCCCAGAAGCUGACCAUGAGCUCUUAUCUCCUGUGUUAGAAAGUGUAUAUGUGUAUUUUUGACAUUUAAAUCAGAACAUACAUUUGAUGGAAGUGUAUAUUGUAUGACCUCUUAACUACGUGACACUACAUGGAUAGUAGAGGAAGGCCAUGUAAAAAGCAGGGACUAUUCCUGUUCAUUUGGAUUAAUUCAAAUCAUCAAAGAAACUGUGGUAUUUGUAUCUAAUGAGGCACCAAAACCUCAGUAGUGACUUUUCACUUUGGUAAGUAGUUGUUCACAUCAGUGCCCUGUCCCCAGCACAUGGUUGUGCAGGAGGGAGCCUGUUUAGAGUAACUCCUGGGCAGUUACUGACUGCAGGAGGGUACUCUUUUGUGGAAAUAAAAAGCAUCCAAAAUCAAAACCACCCAGAGCUAACACUGCCAAAGCCCUUCUGGCUGCCACCUGUGAUGCUUGUAAGCCUACAUUUGCCCCAGGUUCUGGUUUGGAGCUACAGUGUGUUUUCCUAGAGGCAACAGUGUUAACGGUGAUAUCCUUAAGUUAAAUGCUCUGGGAAAGCCUAGGGACAAACCUCUGGUAUGUGGCAUUAUUUCCAUAGGAAAAUUUGAGCCCAGCCACAAACCAAGAUCUAUGUCUGAACUCUGGGUUCAGGAGGCUGCAGAACAGUCACUGCUUCCUAGGAGAAAAGGGGGCUUUGUAUUUCUGUUAGGCAAGUGUGAGACUUAGUCCUGUUGUUCUAAGAAAUGGACAGGUCACCCAAAUAGACAUGUUAAGAGGAAAAUAUGUACAUAGUGUAUUUAAACAAGUGCCUUUUACACAUUUCAGACCAGAUAGACUUUUGUUCUGUUUCUAAGGUGACUGUCACCCAUUCAGACAACACUCCCUGCCAUGUUCUUGUUGUCUUCAAUGAUACUUUUCCUUUUUAUUUAUUAUUAUUCCACGUAGGAUGUGAGCAGGGGGUGCACGUGUCAUGGCACACGUGAGUGUCAAACACUUUCCCUAAGUUCUGGGCAGGCUUGUACAACAGAUGGCCUUUAACCCACUGAGCCAGCCAUCUCCAAUGCUCUGCUAAAGUAUACAACAGAGUGGGUAUGGUGGCAAAUAUCUUUAGUCCCAGCACUGGGAGGCUGAGGCAAGUGGUCUCUGAGUUCAAGGUAGCCAAGGUAUGACUGAGUCUCAAAAACAAAACAAUAACAAAAAAUGGCAAUGUUCUGCCUGGGCAUGCUGGCUCACACCUGUAAUCCCAGCACUAGGGAGGCUGAGGUUGGCCUGCCUCAACAACACAACAAUAGUGUUCACUCUAACUUAUAGGUUAUGUGUUAUUUUUUACAAACUGUAAUAUUCAUAGCUCCUACUCACUUAUCAAGUGUGAGAUGUGGUUUCUGCUACUAUAUUCCUGUGCAGAUGUGUUCAUUCAGCAGCACUGAGGACACAGAACAGUCUAGAUACUGUGCUAUCUUUUCCAAUAGCCAGUCCAUACUGAAUUGGUCUCUUCCUGUGUAGCACUUUCCACUUUAACAAUUCUCUGUGUAGGCAGGUGAAUCUCUAAGUUUGAGGCCAACCUGGUCUACAGAGUAAGUUCUGGGAUAGCCAAAGCUACACAGAGAAACCCUGUUUCCAAAAACAAAACGCCAAUUCUUAGUAUUGUAACAUUAUUUUUUUUUUAAUGUUUACAAGCUCUCUACUAGGUCACAUACUAAGCAACUACAAUGUUUUGUUUGAUAAUGUUUAUAACCCCAGUUGAACCCAGAUUACUUGAUGCAUAAUAAAAAUUUUGUAAAUAUUUCUA